ACCUUCCCUCUCCUCCGGUAGCACAGCAGCAGGCAGUACAGCAAACGCGACGCCAAAGGCAGCGAGCCAGAUCUCGCGUACCCGCCGUGGCUGUGAGGCAGCCACCGUCACCAGAUCGGACCAGGCGCCGGAGCUCCAGCAAUCAACCGGAGCAGAAGAGGCAGCAGAUCCCGAGAGCAGAGCUGAGUAGGAGGAAGAGGACGAGUAGCCAAGGAGGCGGCGAAGAUGCUGCCGACGACCGCGUCCAAGGGGCGGGGGGCCGCCCGCUCCGCCCCGCCGCUCUUCGGCCCCUACCUCCGCCGCAUCGUCAAGUGGCAACAAAUGGAUAUUGAAUACACAUUUUGGCAAAUGGUUCAUCUCUGUACUUCACCAAAAGUAGUCUAUCAACACACCAAAUAUCACAAGCAAACAAAGAACCAAUGGGCUCGGGAUGAUCCAGCAUUCAUUGUCAUUCUGAUUCUUUUCCUCAUGUUUGCAACAUCAGCUUACUGUGCAGCGUAUGGAGAGAGUGCCUCACAUGCUGCUCUGACAAUCACUUCAGUUGUGUUCUUCCAUUUCUUGUUUGCUGGGAUAGUUUUGGCCACACUUUGCUGGUUUCUUACAAAUUCUUACUUGAGAGAGGAACCUAACAGCCAUGUUGUUGAGCAACGUGUGGAGUGGCUCUAUGCAUUUGAUGUUCACUGUAACUCGUUCUUUCCUGCAUUUGUCAUCCUAUAUGUGCUUCAAUAUUUUCUGUCACCUCUAUUGGUCGCGCAUGGCUUCUUUCCAGCUCUUUUAUCGAAUCUACUCUUUGUGGUGGCAAUUUCUUAUUAUCACUACCUGAACUUUCUAGGAUAUGAUGUUCUUCCAUUUCUGGACAGAACAACAUUCUUCCUGUACCCGAUUGGUCUUGUCAUCAUCCUGUCUCCACUUAUGAUACUAAUAGGGUUCAAUCCGACAAGAUACUUUCUAAGCUUGUACUUUGGUUAAGGCUGACAGCUAGAAUCCCGAGUACAAGAAAAAUAUCGUGACAGAACUAAUGGCAGAUUUGGAUACAUACUUUCUGAAGUAGUAGCAUUUUAGAUCUCUUGUAUGAACCGGGGCGAGCAGAGGUUCAGAAAUGCUCGAAGCAUUCUUUGGAUGUAUCAGGUGCCUGUGGCAGGCCACCCAUAGAAGAGAAGAGCCUUUUGAUUGGUAUCUAUAUCCCUUUUUGGUGUCAACUUGUUCAUAAUAUGAGCUGUUUUCUUUGGUUUGGGCCCAGUGACCAGUGUAUAAUUCUAGUGGGAACUACAGUCUGUAUCACAUUGGCAUCAGAAUUGCACGUAUCACGCUCUGCAUCAGUCAUUUCUUGCCAAGUUUAUUGUAUUUACAUGCUGGUA